CACAACCAUGAAAACAGAAAAACAAAGUCAAACCAUGAAACUAACAAUUUUUGCAGUCAGUCUAUCCUCCCCAUCCAAACCCCAAUUAUAUCUCGAACACCCGCGAUUAUUUUGCAAAGCCUGAGUUUCUCUCUCUCACGCACAGAUCCUAGACUCAGGAUUCUUUCCUUCUUUUUGUUUUUGUGUUUUUGCUCUUCUUCUUCUUCAAUGUUUCCCUCCGCCUGUAUAUGGAUUAGAUCGAGUUUUGAAAGUUCCCCGACAGGCAAAAAGAGUAGCAGCUGGGGGAAUUAAGGCAUUCCUGAAUUGCUUUGCUAAUGGAAGGAUUGGAAGGCAUGAUAGAGAGGUUGUUGGAAGGAAGGAACAACAGAGGGAAAAGAAUCCAGCUAAAUGAGUCUGAAAUCAGACAACUUUGCCUCACUGCCAAGAAAGUCUUCCUCAACCAACCUAAUCUCCUUGAAUUAGGAGCUCCCAUUAACAUCUGCGGUGAUAUACAUGGCCAAUAUUCGGACCUUCUACGGUUGUUUGAGUAUGGUGGAUUUCCACCAAAUGCCAACUACUUGUUUCUUGGAGACUAUGUGGACAGAGGAAAGCAAAGUAUAGAGACUAUAUGUCUCCUCCUUGCUUACAAGAUAAAAUUCCCAGACAACUUUUUCCUCCUUAGGGGAAAUCAUGAAUGUGCUUCUAUCAACCGAAUCUAUGGGUUCUAUGAUGAGUGCAAGCGCCAUUUCAGUGUCCGUCUGUGGAAGGUGUUUACAGAUUGCUUCAAUUGUUUGCCGGUGGCUGCAGUCAUUGAUGAAAAAAUCCUUUGCAUGCAUGGUGGACUCUCACCAGAAAUGCGGAGCUUGGAUCAAAUAAGAGCUAUAGAAAGGCCAAUAGAUGUUCCAGACCAAGGUCUUCUUUGUGACCUCCUUUGGGCUGAUCCGGAUAGAGAUAUCAGCGGUUGGGGUGAAAAUGAUAGGGGUGUCUCCUAUACUUUUGGAGCUGACAAGGUAGCUGAGUUCUUAAAGAAACAUGACCUAGAUCUCAUAUGCCGAGCUCAUCAGGUAGUGGAAGAUGGUUAUGAAUUCUUUGCAGAUAGGCAACUUGUUACCAUAUUUUCUGCACCAAACUAUUGUGGAGAAUUUAAUAAUGCAGGUGCACUGAUGAGUGUGGAUCCAAGCUUGCUCUGCUCAUUUCAGAUUCUUAAGCCUAGUACGGAAACAAUGGGAUUGCUGGAAUAAUCUGCAGGCAAUGAAGUAAGUUGGAAAUGAGGAAAGGCUAUGAAGUUGUUAUGCUAAGUUUCUCCAAUCGGAAUAUUAUACUAGAAGCACUAACUACUUUGAAAGCAACAGCGUGAUCACUUGAAUGCAGGACUAGAAUGAUUUAUAGCUCAGGAUUUCUGCUUCAUUAUAGAUUCACCAUUUGUGUUUAACAGACAACAUGGUUUUAUCUUUCCAAAAGUUAAGUUGCAAUGUUGAAAUUUAGUGCUCGAUGAUUACAAAUAAUUGUUUUUUCAAAUCAAUAUAGCUGACAUAUGCAUCUUUCUGUA